AUGGCAGGAGGAGGUGGAAUAGGGCCAACAAAUGGCAAGGCAUAUCCUGGAAAUCUCACAUCUAAAGUCUUAGUUACUUGUAUUGUUGCUGCUAUGGGUGGUUUAAUCUUUGGUUAUGACAUUGGAAUUUCAGGGGGAGUGACAUCAAUGCCUUCAUUCUUGGAGAAGUUUUUCCCAGAUGUAUAUGCAAAAGAAGUACUACUCACAGUAUCAACAAAUCAAUAUUGCAAAUUCAACAGCCCAAAAUUAACAAUGUUUACAUCAUCUCUAUAUUUGGCUGCACUUUUUGCUUCAUGGGUUGCUUCAAUAGUAACUAAAGUUAUGGGAAGAAAAAUGUCUAUGCUUUCUGGUGGAAUCCUUUUCCUAAUUGGUGCUAUUGUCAAUGGAUUUUCCAAAAAUGUUGCUAUGCUCAUUAUUGGUAGAAUCCUUCUUGGUUGUGGUAUCGGUUUCGCCAAUCAGUCUGUGCCAGUGUACCUAUCGGAAAUGGCACCCUAUAGGUACCGUGGUGCGUUGAACACAGUCUUUCAACUCUCAAUCACAGUUGGAAUCUUUGCAGCAAAUCUUCUCAAUUAUUUUUUCGCGAAAAUAGAAGGUGGAUGGGGUUGGCGUUUGAGUCUAGGGGGUGCAGUUGUACCCGCAUUGAUAUUCAUUAUUGGUUCGUUUUUUCUCCCCGAUACACCAAAUUCUUUAAUUGAACGUGGUAAAGGGGACGAAGCCAAAUCAAGGUUGAUGAAAAUUAGGGGAAUUGACAAUGUUGAUUCUGAGUUUAAUGAUUUGGUUGAAGCAAGUGAAAGAUCAAAACAAGUGAAAAGUCCUUGGGGUAAUUUGUUGAAAAAUAAACAAUAUAGGCCACAAUUGAUAUUUUCUAUGUUGAUUCCAACAUUUCAACAGUUAACUGGGAUGAACGUUAUUAUGUUUUACGCGCCUGUUCUGUUUAAGACUAUUGGUUUUGGAGACACUGCUUCACUUAUGUCUGCUGUUAUUACUGGUCUUGUCAACUUUGUUGCUACUUUUGUUUCACUUCUUACUGUUGAUAGAGUUGGAAGGAGAGCUUUGUUCCUUGAAGGUGGCAUACAAAUGUUUGUCUGUCAGAUUGUUAUAGCGGUUUCGAUUGCACUAAAGUUUGGAACAAGUGGCGAUCCAGGAAAAUUACCAAUAUGGUACGCGGCAUUUGUUGUGACAUUCAUUUGCAUAUACGUGGCGGGUUUCGCGUGGUCAUGGGGCCCACUAGGAUGGUUAGUCCCUAGUGAAAUUUCCCCCCUCGAGGUCCGACCAGCUGGUCAAGCCGUAAACGUGUCAUUCAACAUGAUUUUCACCUUCUUCAUUGCCGAGAUCUUCACAGCAAUGCUAUGCUCCUUCAAGUUUGGACUCUUCUUAUUUUUCGCGUUUUUCGUCGCGAUCAUGACAAUAUUCAUCUAUUUCUUCCUCCCGGAGACGAAAGGGAUUCCAAUUGAUGAUAUGGGUGCAAUUUGGAGUGAACAUUGGUAUUGGAGAAGAUAUGUCACUAUUCAAAAAGAUGACGAUACGAAAAAAUCAACAGAAAAUAAGUUGCAAUCACAAGUGGACGGGGUGGAAAAACACGUUUAA